GUAAAUAUUAUGCAAUUUUUAUAUCCAAUUGUUAUCACAUUUUUUACAUUGAAUUUCUAUUUUAUAACAAAUACUUCAUUUGAUCCCAAGAUAUGACACAACAGAUGAAACACAAGAAGAUAUUAACGAUAACUAUAGAUGACAGCGAAGAUGAGGUCGAAGACAAUGUCAGGCAACAGACACAAAUGUAUGCGAAGAAUUCAAUGGACAGAUUCGGUGAUGAUUUGUGUCAGCUAUUGUUGUCUUAUCUCUUACUCGAAGACCGAUUCCGUAACGAAUGUGUGUCCAAACAGUUCCAGAGGACAGUCUUCGAGAGUGUUGUGGACAUCACUCUUAACGAGAAACUCAUCCGUAAAGCAAAACAACAAAAGGAAACCUUAAGCCAAGUGUUGGCCACAAUUGCCACAAACAAUCAAUUGUUCUCUACAUUUGGACGUCUGGUCACAAGAAUCUAUUGCAUGUCUUCACUCGUAAAGCAUUCACUCAGUUAUUGCCACCGAUUGUCUCAAUUACGAGCCGAACAAUUGUCUGAUGUCUUCGACAACACUUCUGGACAACUAUUAGUGACUAAUUUAAAGCGAUUCACAAUUAUUUACUAUUCGAGUGAAAGUAAGGGACAGUUGUCUGAAUUCGUGGCACAGAAUCAGUCCCUCAAAAGUCUAGUCGUCAUUAAGCCGUCUAAGAAUGCGAAGAAUAACCAGAAUUUGCCCGAAAUAUACAACCAAUUGUCACGAUUACCGCAAUUACGGGAUUUGACACUCGAUUUAUAUCUACAUAACAUCCUAUUGAACGAUAUUUUGCGUAUAAUUGGCUUAAACUGCAAACAAUUGCAACGAUUGGCACUUAUCUUACGCCCAACUUAUUUCAAACUCAACCAGACAUUGGACUCAUUGAGACUUUUUUGCCGAUUAAAACGAUUGCAUUUAGCUAUUAGUCGGUCUGUCGUCAGUCGCCAAUUGUUGGAACCGUUGAAACUCUGCCACCGAUUAACACAUUUAACACUAGAUAUCGACGAAAUGAGUGACAAAUUACUGACUGAUUGUGACAAACAUUUACCAAGACUUCAAUACCUAUCCAUCAAAACUAAUGCAAUCACUCGCGAGGAUUUGGAUCACAUCUCGAGUCUACCGGCGCUGCAAAUGCUUGUCAUCGAGAAUUGCAGUAAAAGCGAUGAUCUCUCGGAUAAUGAUUUCAAUUAUCUGUUGUCCAGAAGUCUUAAACUCAAGAACAUUGAAGUGAUUGAACAGAAAGUCUCAAAGUUUUAUUGCCGUAAAAAUGGGCAGCGAAUCUAUUCCAAGAACUCAAUGGACAGAUUCAGUAAUAAUUUGUGUGCACUUCUAUUAUCUUAUCUCUCACUUAAAGAGCGAUUUGUGUUUCAAUGUGUGUCCAAACGGUUCCAGAGGACAGUCUUCAGAAGUGUUGUCGACAUUGAUAUCGACGACGAACUCAUUAGACGAGUAAAUAAGUUCAAGAUUCCUCUCUUUAUAAUAAUGAACAUUAUAUGCGAAAAGUGUCCAAACAUUGAAAGCAUUGACUUUCGAAGUGUUGGAUACAGUAAUCAACACAUUCUCGAAUUGUUUCCAACAUUUAGACACAAAUUCCCGAAUUUGCGGGAAAUAUACUGUGAAUUGUUGUCAAACAGCGACCGAUGGAUACAACUGUUGGCACCACUUAUCACACGAAUCAGCGGUGAAUUGUCCUCAAAGAAGCCAUCUCUCAUUUUUUGCCGCCGAUUGUCUCGUUUGGUCGCGUAUCACAUGUCGGAUGUGUUCAGCGGCAGAACCACCGGAUUCUGGCCCGAACUGUUGUCUAUAUUUGUGGCACAGAAUCAGUGCCUCAAAUGUCUUAAUCUAUUCUACAUUACAUAUAAGACUAAAGAAGAUCUGCGAGAACUGUGCGAACAAUUGUCACGAUUAACACAAUUACGAGAAUUGAGUCUCAAAUUAGUGCUAAUCGAUGGCAUGAACUCAUUAUUACCGGCGCUGAAAACGCUUGUCAUUGAGAAUCAGUUAAGCGAUAGUCUGAGAGAUAAUGAUUUGAUAGUUUUGUUGUCUUCGAGUCCUAAACUCAAGACAAUGGAAAUCCGUGUAAACAAUGAGAAGAAGUUUUAUUCAAAAGUAAAAAUGUAA